AUUAUUAUGUGACGUGGUGUGGCCGUGUGGCCGUGUGGGUGGGUUUGGCAUUCGUUGUUGGCCUUGGCCCAAGCGGUUUGCACCUUGCACAGCUCCGCCGCUGCCCACGCACACGCACUGACCGGGCGCCGCCUCUUCCCUCUCUGCCCUGCUAGCUGCUACAUCCACGACGACCGUGGGAGGCGUUCCACACGGUGGCGCACCCUCGAGCCUCUCCUACCGGGCCACCGCACCCUCGACGUACGCAGGUCGGCGCGAUGCUGCGCAACUUCCCGCAGGCGCGGAGGCUCCUCAGGUGCGCGCCCUCCGUCCCCGUCGCCGGUUCCUCGGCUUGCCUACCUGCCUCGCCGUGCCCGCGGUUUCUCAUUCUUUCAUUCUACGCUGUGUUUGUUUGCGUGUGGGUGGGGGGUAGGCGGAUGGGCUUCGAGAAGGAGGACGCCUACUUCUGGAAGCAGAUGGGCAAGGCCUUGCUCUGCACUUACACUCUCUUUGGCGUCGCCUGGCUUUGGAACGAGACGUCGCCGCUCGGCUGGUGGACGCUCAAGCCACGCCCCAAGGAAGAAAAAGAAAUGGCACACCUUUAUGAGCGCAGGAAGUUCCCGUACCCUGGUGAUGAAGAGGCAGUUGAGGAGUUUAUAAAAAGCGGAGGUGCUCUUGGAACCACAAUUGGACCCAAGGGUUUCGCUGAUGCCAAUAUGGAUUCUGAAAAUAUGCAGAAGCAGUUGCAGUCUAAAAAAUUUGAGCAGGAAGCACAGAAGCUAUGGCUUCGUAUGAGGAAUGAGGUUAUACAGGAGCUCCAAGAGAAGGGAUUUGAUAUCGAAUGACUUUUAGAUCUGCAGUAUGUUCAGCGCUGAUAACCUUAAAGUUAAAACCAUGCUGUUGAAAUUGGAGAACUAUUUAUUGGGAACAUAAAAGUUUGUAGGAUCUGUCUUUUUCACUGUCUGGCACGUGCCAAGUGCUGCUUGAUUGUAUUAUAAAUACCCUGAUUUGUGAAGAACAGAUCUCAUUCGGACCUCCUUAACAUAUUGCCUGACGAUCAGGAAGUCGUUCUUCUGAAAAUUACUCAGAUUCUGAUGUUUAGUUGA